CACCUGUCAGUGUCCAUCAGUGCCAGCUCUCAGUGCUCAUCCAUGCCACCUGCCAGUGCCCAUCAGUGCCACAUCAAUGAUAUAAAAAAUGCAGCGCUCAUCAAUGCCACAUCAGUGUCCAUCUGAGCUGCCUUUCAGUGUCACCCAUCAGUGCCAGUCAGUGCCACCUAUCAAUGCCAGUCAAUGCCACCUAUCAGUGCCAUGCCCAGCAGUGCCACCUAUCAGUGCCCAUCAGUGCAGCCUAUCAGUGCCCAUCACUGCAGCCUCAUUAGCGCACAUCAGUGAAGGAGAAAAAUCACUUAUUUAAAAAAUUUUAUAA